AGUAGGGGGAAAGAUGACACAAACUUGUUCCAUAAACUUCACAGAGCAUACCCAUCAGGAACAUGAAGAGAAGAAGGAGACAUAAGUCACUUUGUCAUGAUCCAGCUCAUGGUAAUUAACUUCCUCACCUUGGGUUAUAAGAAUGACAUAUUCCCAGGAACUGAUUGGUUUAUUGGAAAGUGUUAGAAGGAAAGGAAUCAACAUACAGUUGCUGGACAAAGGCAGAAAUGAAUUAGAGAAGAUAAAAAAAAUCUAAAUUUGCAUUAAAAUAUAGUACCUUUAUAAUAUAUUUAAGAGAAUCUUAUUGCUAUGUUACUCCUAAGGGGAUAUUGCACAUUUUAAGGGGGUUUACAUUAGCAUGAAUUGAAUGAUUCUUCUGAACUCAAUCUUCUACCUUUAAAUUCUUUCCAGGUAGUUUUCCAUUUCCUAAAAGCAAAUGGACUAAUUUCAUAAUGGUAUAUGUUUUUCUUUCCUCUGCAGGCUUAAGUGAUAAUUGAGUAUCUUGUUAGCAGCACAGAAAUGAAUAACUCAACGUACAUAAACUCUUCCUCGGAAAAUGUAAUAGCUCUGGAGAGCCCCUAUAAAACUAUCGAAGUGGUCUUCAUCGUCUUGGUGGCAGGGUCUCUCAGCUUAGUUACCAUAAUUGGGAACAUCCUGGUCAUGGUGUCAAUCAAAGUCAACAGGCACCUGCAGACUGUCAACAACUAUUUCCUGUUCAGCUUGGCCUGCGCUGACUUGAUCAUAGGUAUCUUUUCCAUGAACCUAUAUACCCUCUACACUGUGAUAGGCUACUGGCCCUUAGGGCCCGUGGUAUGUGACCUCUGGCUGGCUCUUGAUUAUGUGGUCAGCAACGCCUCUGUGAUGAAUCUCCUUAUCAUCAGCUUUGACAGAUACUUUUGUGUCACCAAGCCUCUGACAUACCCUGUAAAACGGACGACUAAGAUGGCAGGCAUAAUGAUUGCAGCUGCAUGGGUUCUCUCCUUCAUCCUGUGGGCCCCUGCAAUUCUCUUCUGGCAGUUCAUUGUAGGGGGAAGGACUGUUCCCGACAAGGAUUGCUACAUCCAGUUUUUUUCUAAUCCUGCUGUCACUUUUGGCACUGCCAUUGCAGCAUUCUAUUUACCUGUUAUAAUCAUGACUGUUCUUUACUGGCAAAUCUCUCGAGCCAGCAAGAGUCGGAUAAAGAAAGGGAAAAAGGAAGCUGCCCAAAACCAGGAUCCAGUUUCCCCCAGCCUUGUCCAAGGUAAAAUAGUAAAACCAAACAAUAACAACAUCCCAACUAGUUCAGAUGAGUUGGAACAUAACAAAAUUCAGAAUGGAAAAACCACUGGAGAGAGUGUAAUGGAAAACUGUGUUCAAGGGGAGGAGAAGGACAGCUCCAAUGACUCCACCUCAGUGAGUGUGGUCCCUUCCAAUAUAAAAGAGGAUCAAGCUGCCAAAGAUGCCAGCCAGACUUCUGCCUCCCAAGACCAUCUCAAAGUGGAGAACUCCAAGCUGACGUGCAUCAGGAUAGUAACCAAGUCCCAAAAGGGUGACUGCUGUGCUCCCACCAAUACUACUGUGGAGAUUGUAGGCACCAAUGGAGAUGAGAAGCAGAAUAGUGUAGCCCGGAAAAUAGUCAAGAUGACAAAGCAGCCAGCCAAAAAGAAACCACCACCUUCUAGAGAGAAAAAAGUGACAAGGACCAUUUUAGCCAUCCUCCUAGCUUUCAUCAUCACCUGGACCCCAUACAAUGUUAUGGUGCUCAUCAACAGCUUCUGUGCAUCCUGCAUCCCUGGUACUGUAUGGACCAUAGGUUAUUGGCUCUGUUACAUCAACAGCACCAUCAACCCUGCUUGUUAUGCGCUCUGCAAUGCCACAUUCAAGAAGACCUUUAAGCACCUUCUUAUGUGCCAUUACAAGAAUAUAGGAGCAACAAGGUAAAUAAAUAAAUAAAUUAUUAUAAUAACAAAAUAAUGGAAAACAUGAAGAAGUUCCAAAAUAAAUUAUAAAACAAAUAGACAAACAACAAUGCCAUAGCACUUUAUGCUCUAUUGUGGAAUGUGCAAUCAAAGACAUUAGGGAAAAUACUGAGAUGGAGCAUCAACUCCACCCCUGAGAACUACACUAAAGAUCUUUUUUUUUUUUUUUUUAAAUCACUGACAACAAAUCUUGAGGACAUGAGUAAGUUCUGAGGAGUUAUUCAAGUAUUUGGACUGGAGGCACAGUUCCUUAUUUCUGAGAGUACUCUGAAGAAGGGCUUUAGAAUCUUUGUUGUGGUUUUUUUUUUUUUGUCACUAUAUCUAUUUUUUUUCUCUGUUUGUUUGAAAUGUCUUCAUCUAGGGAAAAAAAAAUAAGGGAACGCUAAAAAUAAUGAUGUGAAGAGACAUAGGGGCUUGAAAGAACUUUACAUAAUCCAAAUCAUAGCAGGUUUCCAAAGCUCAAGGUUGUCUAAAGCUUUUUGUUUGUGUCAUGUGAGAAACGUAAUGUUAUGUACAACAUGAUGAAACUUAUUUUAUGUCUUUUAUAACACUCUCAUUUCCAAAACUGCAUCAUUUAUGAAAGUGUAUUUUUGCUCGACAUGUAACCAUUGCCUAACAUGUAUCAGUCUAAGUUUGCCACUUACCCCUUUCUAGGGGCUUUUGUCCCAUUACCCUCCCCACUAAGUCAAAAUAAAAGUGAAAAAAAGAUAGCCUUUCCAGCUUGCUACAUCCCAGAUUUGUUUCAGCAUUCAUGCAAGCAAAAGCUUUUGAGACAAUUUUGUGCACUUCGUCAUAUAAAAUCCACCCAUUAAUUUUUUUUUUACUUCCAUUCAGCUUUUCUUUCCUUUUGUACCUUAGCUUUCUAAGGCACAAGGACUGAAUAUCAAAAGAAGUUGUAAAUUCAAAGGUCUCAUCAAAUCAGCCACCAUGGUGGCCAAAUGAAGAGCCUCAGCUGAAAACUAGGAAUGAGCUCAUUAGUAGGAAAAUAGAGGUUAUGUCCUUUUAAAGUUAGAUAUACAGAUGAAGAAAUAUGCUGAGCCAUCACAGAAGAAAUAAUUAAUAUUAAAUGACAGUGCUCUUAAUCAGACAAAAUUCUCAAUUUAUUAAUUGAGGAAAAGAAUGGAAGAAACCGAUGUUCCCACACAGAUCAUGCUCUGUCUAAGCCCUUAGUGUGAAACAAGGGUCCUACCUAGAUGCAUCUUUGACAAGAUCUUUACAUUCUGGAAAAGAUUUUCACUACUUUCAUUUUGUGCUAGAUAGGAGCAAUAUUUUCAUUGCAUGCCAAGAGAUAAUACUAAUAAAAAGGCUGAGAUGAAAACAGCGAUUACUCAAAACCAGAUACCAAAAUAGUCUAGACUGGAGGCUGGCAAGGCUCAAGGUUGAGUUAUUAUCUGCUUCUCUGCACCAGCUCAAACCCAUAUUAUUUCUUCCUGGCAAAGAAUUUACUAUCUCAGUAUUUCAUAUUUAUUGUAGCACAACUGAACACUGUGUGGAUAGAACAAAGAGUAUUAAAUUACUCAAAAAUGAAAUUGUCUGUGAAUUUUGCAUGUUACAGUUAUCUCCUUCUCCAUAACUAUAACAGGAGGUAAACCUACGCAUUUUAUUACCAAAAAGCAGUUUGCUGCUUAGUCUCUCGAGAGACUGUUUUCUGGAGUGAAAACCACCUACCAAAUGGGCACUAAACCAUUCUAUUAUUUCAUGGUUACCGCAUUAGAGUCUUCCAAAAUGCACUUUGAAAUAAAAGCCUUCAAGAAAGUGGGAAAAUUAAACCUGCAGACUUAAGCUUUACAUUUGACAAGCUUAUUGAAGAAGAGUGUCAAAGCACUUUAGCAAUAUGAUAAUUUUCACGUUUCAAGGUACAAGUUUCAAGUAGAAAGGGAAAAUGAGGAGGAUUAAACUGCAGUAAAUUAAGGCCACAUUAAAUUUAGGAUGAGUACGUCUUACUGUGCAUUCACUGAUUUUACAGCUCUAGUGAUUUCAUCCUGAUACAUCUAAGUGUCUCCAUGUAGUCAAGAAACUAAUUUGGCAAACCCCACUCGCGUAGAAUCAUAUUUACUACCACAGGUUUCAUCUUCCUGCUGAUAAGAAACAAUUACUCACUACUAAGUCUUGCAAAACUGAGUCUUUCAAAGCUAUAUCCACUAGUCUUAUCUUGACAGAUCAGGACUGAGAGUUACAUGAUCAUUUCUAUAUAACUCAUUCUCCUAGAGUGCUAAAAAUAAAUGCAGGUAAAAAAAAAAAAGAAAAUAAAAUAUGUUUUUUCUAAAUCUUACUUCUUUAGAAAAGAUGGAUAAAAGAAACACACCUGUUCCUUUCUUUCAGCAUGUAUUUUAGUAUCAAUAGUACAAUAGUACAGUACCGUAUCAAAUGGUAAAGAAUGUAUACCAGCUGAUUGGUGUCUUGCUAUUGUGAUGCUUGACUACAAGAAGGGCCAGAAGGAGGGACUGGGGAACUAGAGGCCUGUCAACCUGACCUCAGUGUUAUGGGAGGUCAUGCUGAUCAUCUUGAGUCAAUGAUGAUCUUGAUCUUGAGUCAAUGCAAUCAUGUGAUAUGUAGAACAACCACGGGAUCAGACCUAGUCAUCAUGGGUUCAUGAAAGGCAAGUCCUGCUUGAUCAACCUCAUCUCUAUCUAUGACCAGUUAAUCCAUCUGGUGGAUUAAGGAAAGGCUGUGGAAGAAGUCUGCCUAGACUUCAGCAAAUCCUUUGACUCUAUUUCUGCAGUAUUGUCCUGCAGUAGCUGGCAGACCAUGGCAUGGAUAGCUGUAAUCUUCACUGGGUAAAAAACUAUCCAGAUAGCCUGGAUCAGAGUAGUAGUGAAUGGAAUUAAAUCCAUUUGGCAACCAGUCACUAGUGGUAUUCUUCAGGAGUCAGUGUUGGGCCUGUUCUGUUUAGUGACUUUACUGGUGAUUUAGAUGAAGGAAUUGAGUAUAUCCUCAGUGAGUUUUCAGAUAACACCAUGCUGGGAGGAAGUUUUGAUCUGCCUAAGGAUAGGAAGCUCCUACAGGAUCAAGAGGCUGGAUCUCUGAGCUGAGACCAACAGGAUGAGCUUCAACAAGACCAGGUGCCAGGUUCUUCACUUUAAUCACAACAGUACCAUGCAGUGCUACAGGCUAUUGGUUGGCAAGCUGCACAGACAAAAAAAGAUACAGAGAUAUUAGUCAACAGCCAGCUGAACAUGAACGAGUCGUUUGCCCAGGUGGCCAAGAAGUCCAAUGGUAUCCUGGCUUAUACGAGAAAUAGUAUACUAAUGUGGUGAUCAUCCCCCUGUACUUGGCACUGGUGAGGCUACACCUCAAGUACUAUGUUUAGUUUUGGGCCUCUGACUACAAGAAAGACAUCAAGGCCCUGGACCAUGUCCAGAGAAGUUGAAAGCUGGCAACAAAGCUCUUGAAGGGUCUGGAACACAAGUCUUAAGAAAAGUGGCUGAGAGAACUGACAUUGUUUAGUCUGGAGAAGAGGAGGAUCCAGGGAGACUUUAUAACUCUCUGCAGUGACCUGAAAAUGGGUUGUAGCGAGAUGGGGAUCAACCUCUUCUCCUGGGUAACAGUGAUAGGAUGAAAGGUAAUAGCCUUAAGUUGUGCCAGGAGAACAUUAGGAGUGAUUUCUUCUCCAGAAGUGUGGUGAUGCACUGGAACAGACUGCCCAGGGAGGUGGAUGGGUUGAUAGUUGGACUAGAUGAUUUUGUAGCUCUCUUCCAACCUUAAUGAUUCUACGAUUAUUUCAUCUUUUAGCUUCAAUUUUCCAGCAAGUAUGUGAAUGCUUUAUUCCAGGCAUGUCUAACCCACUGGCCACAUAAGCCCCAGGAGAGCUCAUACUGCAGCCUGCCCCCUGCCCCACACUAUCAUGGUGGUGGCUCUUCCCUUCUGAGCAGUCCAGCUAAGACCCAGGCACACAUCCAUCAAUUAGCAACAACCAAAUAUCAGUGUGCUAUUAAUGCUGUCUCAGCUGAAGCCAGGACAAGUGGAAGGUACAGUACAGUGCUAACUCAAGAUAUGGCAAAUAAUUUUAUACAUCUUUGUAUAAAAUUUUAUACAGCUUUGGCUGAACACAGUCUUUUGAACAACAAAAAAUAGGCAGCCUUGAUUUCUGUCUUGAUAAAGGAAUUUGAGAACAGGUUUCAAGACUGAAGAGAAUAUAAUCAAUUUUUGUGUAUAUUUGCAACUCCAUUUUCAGUUGACAAAUACAUAAUCUAUAAAUGAGUUAUAUAUAUAUAUAUAUAUAAAUGAGUAUAGAGUUGCCAUCAGAUAGCCAACUCAAAAAUUUGAUCAUGUCUUUUCACUAGACUUUUGUAAGACCUAUCUUAUCGGAGAAAACUAUCCCUCACUCCACAGUCACACCUUAUAUAUAUCACCAUUUUUUGGCAGUAUAUACAUUUGUAACUAUUCUCAAGGAUGAAGUGGAGGAGGAGCAACAUUUCAUCAAAAAAUAACUGUUGAGCACCUUCAAAACUCAGUAAGAAUCGCAAACACUUCUAUCAAACCAGACACUGAUGCAUCAGUUUCACAAAACAAGGUCAAGUAUCUCACUAGUUUUAUGCUUUGUUUCUCUCUUUUUUUGUUUCAGUAAAAAAGAAAAUAUAUACUACAAAAAAAAAAAAAAACACAACUAAUUUUUGUUACCUACUUACAUUAACUAUAUUACAUAUUUUGUAUGCAGCCCAAGAUAAUUCCUCUUUAUUCAGUCAGGAAAGACAAAAGGUUGGGCACUCAUGCUUUAUUCUGUUCUUUGAAGCUGUCACUUGUUCAUAAAUUAUGAGUUCCUCCAAUAGCUGAGGAUAUUCCUAUAGAUUAAGAAGUGUAAGCUGUUGAUUACAAUUAUACUUUUCAUCCUCUGAUUUCAUAAUGCUCAACGUACCUUGGGGAAAUAAUUUAUUUUGGGGCCAGUAUUCAUGAAACAACUACCAAA